AUUAAAUAAUCUAGGUUUCGAUCUACAUAGGUUAUCCUCUAGAUUAUUUAAUUAAACCCUUUAUUAUAAUAAUUAAUUAAUUAUUUAAUCAAACCCCCACCCCCACCCCCACCCCCCUUGGGCAUAUAUCAUCAAAACAUAAAAGACAGUAUUAUCUGAAAAACAGAAAAAAGAGUGUAUUAUUAGUAGUGUUAGUAGAUUUAAAGCAUGGUUGAUAUUAGUGCAAAAGACAUAGCUAAAUUAAAUAGUGAUCAAAUAUGUGUUUUAUUCCUUUUUCUUAUGGAGUAUGCAACUACAGGAUCAGCAAUCGUGUAUGGUUUAAAUCUACUUUGUACAACUAGCUCUGCUUCAGCAGGGUUUCGUUUUUAUGGAAUCAUUCUAAUCAUCAUCGGAGUUGUUCUCAUGAUUCUCUGCUAUGUGAGCUGCUCACUUGCUCGAGAGACUGAACUUGCAAUACUAAAAUCCAUGUGUUGUUCAGUGCCUUUGUUUAUAGCUCUUGCGGCAUUGGGGAUUUUUGCCUUGUCUGUCAGCAGUAAAGGUGGUGGACAAACCAUACCCGGGAGAUCUUAUAAGGAGUAUCAUGUGGAGUCUUAUUCUAAGUGGAUGCAAAAUAAGGUUAAUAAUUUACAUCAUUGGGAGAACUACUACAAGAAAUCUCUUCUUAAGAGUAAUGUUUGUGAUAAUUUCUAUCAUAAAUAUGAGUUGGAUACUAUUGAUGAGUUUCACAAAAGAUCUUUGGAUGCUUUUGAGUCUGGAUGUUGCAAGCCCUCUGAAGAUUGUAACUUCAAUUACACAAGUCCAUCAAUCUGGGUAAAGCCAAUAGAUGGAAACUACACCAACAUUGACUGCAACAGAUGGAGUAAUGAUGAAAACACACUAUGUUUUGAUUGCCAAUCAUGCAAGGCUGCAUUUCUUCAAGACGUAACGACUCAAUGGUUCACUCCGGGUGUCAUUUUUGUUGUUCUUGCAGCUAAGCACUUGUUGAUCGGUUUAUGUGUCAUUGGUUUAUCUGAUGUUCAAUUUGGCCCAUCAUCUCAGGGUUACCGACUUACAGUUUAGUUUAGUUUUUUUAGAUGCUUUCUUUAAAAUUUCUGCCGAGAUCAGAAAUAAUGGCUUCAUGAUGAUGAAGUUUGUAAAUUUUGUACUUAGUUUUCGCUUGGGAAUUACUUUGAUUUGAACUACCAUAUUUUGUACGCAAACUAUCAAAAAAUAAAUACCACUAGAGGACUUGAUGCUCAAUAUUUCACUC